GGGUGCGCUAAUGCCCACUGGUUGCCUCGAUCCCCGUCAUUGUUUACUCACAUUCGGCGGUGGAUUUGAAAUGAAGGACUGUUGUCUCUGCUCCGUGCGCUACUAAAGAAAUGGGUGUAAAUGAAUUAUGGUCCAUUCUGGAACCAGUGCGAGAGUCUGUCCCAUUGUACAGUCUCACUGGAAAAUGCCUAGCCGUGGACCUCAGUUUGUGGGUAUGCCAGGCACAAAAUAUCGAAGGGAUGGUGGGUAAAGUCCACAAACCACACCUCCGGCAUUUGUUUUUCCGAGUGUCAUCUCUCACACUAAUGGGUGUGAAGCUUGUUUUUGUCAUGGAAGGAGAGGCUCCCAAACUCAAGGCAGAGACUAUGAGCAAAAGAAACGAGAUGAGGUUUGGAGGGUUUCAGAAAAAAGCUCCCAAACCACCAGCAGCUAAGAAAACCAGUAGGGGGCGCUUCAAUGCUGUUCUCAGAGAGUGCGGUGAGAUGCUGGACUGCCUCGGUGUGCCGUGGGUGACUGCUGCGGGCGAAGCUGAGCAAAUGUGUGCCUUCCUGGAUCUUCACGGCGUUGUGGACGGCUGCAUCACCAACGACGGAGACGCGUUUCUGUACGGUGCUCAGACCGUUUACAAGAACUUCAAUAUGAACACCAAGGAUCCCCAAGUGGACUGUUAUAAAAUGGCAAGAGCGCAAGAGGAACUGCGUCUGUCCCGGGAGACGCUGGUAGGGUUUGCAGUGUUUCUGGGCUGUGACUACAUCCCCAAGGGUGUCCCUGGGGUUGGCAAAGAACUGGCACUGAAGCUGAUACAGAGUUUAAAAGGACAAAGUGUUCUGCAAAAGUUCCAAGAGUGGAAAACUGCUGGUGUGCAAACAGAGGAGGUGGCCAUUAAGAAAGUCCCCCACUGCAACGUUUGUCGCCAUCCAGGCUCAGCAAAGGCUCAUGAACGCAGUGGCUGCACGCUGUGUGACAGCACCCACUUCUGCCAGCCUCAGGACUACGACCUGCAGUGCCCCUGUGACUGGCAUCGCUCCGAGCGGCUACGCCAGGCCACCGCUACGGAGACCACUGUCAGGAAGAAAACCUUGGCUUGUGAAAGCUUUCCGUUUACUGAGAUUAUUGAUGAAUUUCUGGCGAACAAGGAUAAACCCAUCCAACCUCUCAGAAAGAGAAAGCCUAAUCUUUUGUCCAUGCAGAAUUUUGCCUUUGACAAGAUGGAGUGGCCAAAACACUACACCAGUGAGAAGGUCUUAACACUGAUGACCUACACCGAGCUGGUGAACAAGAGGCACGGCAGAGACACCCCGAGUCACAUAGAGCCUAUUCGGAUAUACAAGCCAAGAGUGAGAAAUGGCAUCUCUUGCUUUGAAAUCAUAUGGAAGAAGCCAGAGCACUACGUGUUCCCUGAUGACCAUGCCGCUGAGGACCAGGAUGUGGUGAGAACAGUGGAAGAGGAGGCGCUCUUCCGGGUGGCCUAUCCAGGAAUCGUGGACCUCUACAUCAAGGAGAAAGAGGAGACGGAGGAAAAUAAAAACAAAAGAAAGAAGCCGAGGAGUAAGAAAGAGAAGUCAUCAGACGUCUGCGACGAUGUGUCUGAUCUUCUGGCUCAGAUGUCACUGAAAAACACAACGGAGAGCACCGCAAGCUCAACCACAACUUUAGCAGACAAACCAGACAAAGCAGCCGAGACCGUCCCACGUGUCCCCUGCUCCGAGGGCCAGCAGGAUGGCACAGAGACAGAGGGUCGAGCUAAUCCACACGAGGCGAGGCCUGAUGCCGAGAAGCCUCUGCUGUCUCCUCCCUCUGGACCAGCGUCCCCAGUGGCGUCGUCCUUAUCCGUAUCCACUGUGGUGGACAAGCUUCACCUGAGUGAUAUUGACUGGGGGGCCUGUUCCUUCACAUCCUCCCCAUCCCAGCCGCCGCCAAGCGCUAAGACGGAUCACAGAUCCGCAGGACGCGUGGAUACAGAGGCCUCGGGAUCGGCCUCGGGAUCGGCCUCAGAGUCGUCUGGAUCACCAGUUGGUCCCGGGUCAAACGGAACUGAACUCUUGCCUGAAACUGAACCCGGUUCACUACGGGAAAGAGUGCUCAUGAGGAACGCUAUGAAGUCUGUCAGCUCAUGUAAUGAGCGCACUGAACAUGCCAGUCUGCCAUCGGAUAGAUUAGAGGUCCAGCUCGUUCCACCUAGCAGAUCUGAUUCCGUAGCAGACAUUGGGCAUUCAAAAAGUAAUUCAGGAACUGAGAGCAGUAGGUCAGUUUUACCACAGUCAGAGGCUCAAAGAAAGAAGUCCCCACAUCCUCAGUCAUCUCAGAAAGCAGCCGGUGGCUGCCGCUCUGAAAUCUCAAAGUCAAAAGCAGUCCCAACUUCCACUACCACACACAAAGCAGUCCCAACUUCCACUACCACACAUAAAGCAGUCACAUCUUCCACAACCACACAUAAAGCAGUCACAUCUUCCACAACCACACACAAAGCUAAACAGCCUAAUGUGGGCAGCACAAACCCAUCGGCCAAAUACAGAUUUGUCAAGACAAAUAAAGAGUAUGCACCUGAUCUGGUGCAGCAGACCAAUAGUGUUGAUCCAGGUACCAGAAAGCAGCCCAAAGGCCCCGAUCCUAAACCUCGAAAGCCAAGCGUCUGUGUCAGUUCCGUGUACUCGAGCGACGACAGUGACGUGGAGAACCAUCCCAAGAGAGUGCAGCGGAUGAACAAACCCAGCAAGUCUAAACCCAUUCGCCCCAAAGUUCGCAAUAGUAUCCCUGCAGCCAAGAUAGUUUCUGGUGCCCAUCGACCUUUGACCUUGACUGAUUCCAGAUCAGAUGAGAUUCCAGGCUUAUCACUCCCUGGACUUCUGCCGCGGAACAAAAGCGCUGACGUAGAGGUGAUAGAUUUGUGUCCCUCAACUCCAGCCUCCCCCCUGGGUGCUGCUCAGAGUAAUGACGACUCUGUGAUCUCCAUUGAAAGCCCCCUGCCCCUUGCCCAAAGACUCAAAUUGAAGUUUGUGAAGUGAGCUUAAAAUAUUCACGAGCGUUUUAUCAUGUAAAAAUAAAGCUAUGAUUUUUUUUUUUGCAAUUGUUGUUUGGUGUGGUUGAUGUUUGGUUGCAAUGGUUUGGUUCUUUUUUUAUUUCCAGUUGAUGUUUAAAGGAAUCCUUAAUCUCUUCAUUCAUACUUGUGACUGAAGUUAACUUGACAGGGUGAAUCAGCCUGUCGAGAGCACGGCCACCCAUGGUGAUGAAACACCUCAGGUCUAUUCUGAACUUAUGUUUCUUUUCAGGCAUGGGGAUUAAAGCAACAGCUUUAGCAGCAGCCAGAUAAUGAUGCGAAUGUCUAAAAUGUUUCCUCUUGGUGGGGGAGAGAGGACCGUGAGUACUGCUCGGGUCUGUUUAUGGCAACUGGUGUUGGUGCUCCUUGAUCAUUAGUGGCUUGUUGCACACCUUCUCACCACAUGAAAGGGUGUCUGUUCACGCAGAAGCAUGACAGCUGCAUCUGAUGUGGAAGAACCUACUACCUGUUUCACACCAUCAGGCCCCAAGGUCAUCUUUAAUUUUGUGAGUUUUGACACUCUUCUUCCUCAAAUUGACAGGGGGCUUAUUUGACCUAAAGGAAGGAAAUGUUGUAAAAUACGGCCAUUGCAAAAGUCCUGUGUAAAAAAAAAAAAAAAAGUAUAUAAAAUGACAGUCAAAACACUUAGUUUU